CGCUGCCGCCGCCCGCUGCCGGAGCCCGCGGGGCCAUGUGUCAGGUGGGCGAGGACUGCGGGGAGCCGGCGCCCCUUCGCGGGGAGUGUCCGCCGGCGCCGCGGCCCAGCCGCGAGCGGACGUGCGUGAAGUGCGAGGAAGGCCGGCCGGUGGUGGUGAUCCGGGCGGGAGAUGCCUUCUGCAGGGGCUGCUUCAAGGCCUUCUACACCCACAAGUUCCGAGCUGUGCUGGGCAAGAGCCGCGUCGUCUUCCCGGGCGAGAAGGUGCUCUUGGCGUGGUCUGGGGGGCCUUCGUCCAGCUCCAUGGUCUGGCAAGUCCUCGAGGGCCUGAGCCGAGAGUCUGCCAAAAGGCUGCGCUUCGUGCCGGGGAUCGUCUACGUGGACGAGGGUGCAGCCUGUGGCCGGAGCCCAGAGGACAGGGCGAAGACCCUGAGUGAGGCAAGGCUGGUCCUGGAGGCCGUGGGCUUCCCGCACCACGAGGUCGCCCUGGAGGAGGUGUUCAGCCUGCCGCCGUCCGUGCUGCGCCGUCCUGCCCCAGGGCCGGCAGAGACCCAGGCCCAGGGGGACUACAAGGCAGCUGUGGACGCCUUCCUGCAGCAGCAGCUCGUACUGGGAGCGCGGGACAGCCCCCCGCCGGCCCCGGGGGAGGGGCAGCCGCACCAGCCCCACCCCCAAGGUCGCCCAGGCCCUCAGAGCUGGACAGCUGCCCAGACCCAGGCACUGUGCAGACUGUUCGAGUCUGUGAAGACGCUGACCGCCCGGGAGGAGCUCCUGCAGACCCUGCGGACCCACCUGAUCCUGCACGUGGCUCGAGCCCACGGCUACUCCAAGGUGAUGACCGGGGAGAGCUGCACCCGCCUGGCCAUCAGGCUCCUGACCAACCUGGCGCUGGGCAGAGGGGCCUUCCUGGCCUGGGACACGGGCUUCUGUGAUGAGCGCCAUGGGGACGUGGUGGUGGUGCGGCCCAUGCGGGAGCACACCCUGAAGGAGGUCGCCUUCUACAACCACUUGUUUGCCGUCCCCUCGGUCUUCACACCUGCCAUCGACACCAAGGCCCCCGAGAAGGCCAGCAUCCACCGGCUGGUGGAGGCGUUCCUCCUGAGGCUGCAGGCCCACUUCCCCUCCACAGUCAGCACCGUGUACAGGACCAGUGAGAAGCUGACCAAGGCCCCCAGGGAGGGCUGUGCCUCCGGCCCCUGCUGCCUGCUCUGCAUGUGCGCCUUGGACAUCGACGCUGCUGACAGCGCCACGGCUUUCGGGGCUCAGAGCUGCACACAUCUCUCCCCGACGCAGCUGCCCCCACUCCCAGCAGAGGAGGGGAUGCCACCCACACCCUGCUGCCCCCCAGGACUGGGCAGGGCCCAGGGCUGCUGUCGGAGAGGUGCUGACGAGAGGCAGGACGCCCAGGCUCACUUCCUGGACCAGCUGUGCUACGGCUGCCGUGUGAACAUGAAGGAGCUGGCUUCCCUGGACCCUCUGCCCCCCUACAUCCAGGCCGAGGCCCAGCUCCGCAGCCAGAGGGCCUGGGUCAGGCGGGAGAUCCGGGAGUUCCUGAUCGAGGACGGCAGUGACGGCGAGGACGGGCAGAGCUGAAGGGCACGGCGGGGCUGCCGGGGUGGCCGUUGGAAGAUGUCCUGGCACAGCUUGAGGAUGCGGUCCACGCACGGCAGCUCCUCGAACAUGAUGGAGUGCGAGAUCUCGCUGAAGAAGCCCC